GUCACGCAGCACUUUAAAAAUAUAACAAACAACUUAUAUAUGAAUUUGUAUAUUUCAUGUUUAUAUUUAGAAUACCCUACUAUUGUAAUUUUGUCAAUUUUAUGUGUAGUGAAAUAUUUAGUAGAAUUUGUAUAAUAAAUUAGAUCAUUGUUCUAGUGAAUUUAGUGUAAAAGUUUUGGAGACAUUUUUAGCGAUUUACUGAAAAUGUAUGCUGUAUAAUUUUAGUGGUCUACAAUGGAGACGAGAGCUGAUGAUGAUGAAGCGCCAACAGAUCCCGCGGCAAGAAAACAUACUCACCAUGAUUACACUGAACAGGAUUUUGAAGGGCACCGCGCUCACACCGUUUUCGUGGGCGUACACGUGCCUGCCCGCCGCCACUCACACCGAAAACAUAAACACCAUCAUCGCAAUGGGGAGAAAGAUGUCGACAGACCAGGCCCCGCUAUUAUGGCUCGUGUUAGAAGACUGAGUGUCACCGAUGACGGAGAAACAUUAACGCCCCCUGCUCAGAGAGUUCAAUUUAUAUUAGGAGAGGAUAUUGAUGAUGCAACACUCGAAUCACAUCCACUUUUCUCCGAAAUGGAAGAACUGGUUAAAGAUGGAGAUGAGCUCGAAUGGAAAGAAACAGCUCGGUGGAUCAAAUUUGAGGAGGAUGUGGAAGAAGGUGGCAACAGAUGGUCAAAACCCCACGUAGCUACACUUUCCCUGCAUUCACUUUUUGAAUUACGAAGUCUUAUUCUAAAUGGUUCAGUCAUUUUGGAUAUUGAAUCCAGUUCAUUAGAACAAGUAGCUGAUAGUGUUUUAGAUAAUAUGGUGGCCGAUGGCUCUCUAGGAUAUGACUCAAGAGAAAAAGUGAAAGAUGCUCUGUUAAGACGACAUAGACACCAGCAUGAAAAGCGAAAUCAUAAUAUGUCGAGGCUGCCCCUUAUCCGAUCAUUGGCUGACAUUGGAAAAAAUCAUUCCUCUUCCAAAAACUUCCAGGAGGGUGGCUCUCGACGCUCUAGUGCAAGGAGUUGUCGGGGGUUUACCUCAUCCCCUCACACUGCUCUUCUUGAAGCAACCGACAAUAGAGGCUCUUACCUAGCUGUUCCAGGUACAACGCAAGAUGAAGGUAUGGUUAAAAGUCCAAGUACCAUAUCGAUGCAUCGCAAUCACAGUUCUGGAGAUCUUGCAAUGAACGGCGAUAUAAACCAUAAGAGUAAUACAAAUUUUAUGCGUAAAAUACCACCGGGAGCAGAAGCUUCGAAUAUUCUGGUUGGUGAAGUUGACUUUUUAGAUAAAACUUUAUCUGCCUUUGUUAGAUUGAAAACUGGAACAAUAAUGGGUGAUCUGACUGAAGUUCCUGUACCUACACGAUUUAUGUUUGUAUUACUGGGCCCACCAAAUAGUAACUCUAGCUUUCAUGAAAUUGGUAGAGCAAUGGCUACUUUAAUGUCAGAUGAAAUAUUUCACGAAGUAGCGUAUCGAGCUAAGAAAAGAGACCAUUUAUUAGCUGGGAUAGAUGAAUUUCUUGACGCUGUAACAGUUUUACCGCCAGGAGAAUGGGAUCCUGCUAUUCGUAUUGAACCUCCAGCUGCAAUACCCUCUCAAGACCCUCGCAAACGCCCUAAUGAUAACAACCACAAAGAAGAACAAGACGAAGAAGAAGAAGAGCAAAGGCAGAGAGAAGAAUCUGGAUUAGCAAGAAGUGGGAGACUCUUUGGCGGUUUAAUGAAUGAUCUCAAAAGAAAGACACCAUGGUAUUGGUCAGAUUUUAAAGACGCAUUAGCACUGCAGUGUAUAGCUUCUUGGAUAUUUCUUUAUUUUGCAUGUUUAUCACCUAUAAUCACAUUUGGAGGUUUAUUAGGUGAAGCCACUGGAAAGAAUAUGGCGGCGAUGGAAUCGUUGAUAUCUGGAUUUGUAUGUGGCAUGGGAUACGGGUUCUUUUCAGGUCAACCUUUGACAGUAUUAGGGUCAACAGGACCUGUACUCGUUUUUGAAACCAUAGUAUUUGAAUUUUGCAAACAAGUAGGGUGGAAUUAUAUGUCAUUCAGAUUUUGUAUCGGCACAUGGAUCACAAUAAUUUUAGUGAUUUUAGUAGCAAUAGAUGCUAGUGCAUUUGUUUGUUACAUAACAAGAUUUACAGAAGAAAAUUUUGCUACAUUGAUCGCAUUUAUAUUCAUUUAUAAGGCAGUGGAAAAUGUAAUAUCUAUUGGAAAGAAAUACCCACUGAAAACACGCCCCGACGAAGUUCUAAAUUAUGAGUGUUAUUGUUUGCCAAGUAAUUAUUCGGAAGUGCCCGAACAGUUUAAUUGGACUACAGUCGACAAGGAAACAUGCCAAGUAUAUAACGGAACUUUGGCCGGAGGAGGGUGCGAUACAAUAGUAUAUGUACCAGACGUUUACCUGAUGUCCAUCAUAUUAUUCUUAGGAACGUUUAUGAUUUCAAUAAUUUUGAAAGACUUUAAAAAUUCUCUAUUUUUUCCAUCUAAGGUGAGACAAAUUAUCAGUGACUUUUCUGUAAUAAUAGCCAUAUUGUCAAUGUCUUUCUUGGAUUAUAAAGUUGGAGUGAAAACACCAAAAUUAGAAGUACCGUCGGAAUUCAAACCUACUCUACCCUCAAGGAAUUGGGUAAUAACACCUUUCAGUGGCAAUCCUAUUUGGUCUGCAUUGGUAGCUAUACUCCCAGCACUACUAGGAACUAUUUUAAUAUUCAUGGACCAACAGAUUACAGCCGUAAUCGUAAACAGAAAAGAGAAUAAGUUGAAGAAGGGAUGUGGCUACCAUUUGGACCUGUUUGUAUUAGCAAUUUUGAUACAGAUCUGUUCAGUUAUGGGAUUGCCAUGGUUUGUAGCUGCAACCGUACUAAGCAUCAAUCACGUGAAUUCUUUAAAAGUAGAAUCUGAAUGUGCUGCGCCUGGAGAAAAACCACAGUUCUUGGGUGUGAGAGAGCAAAGAGUGACUCAUAUUCUGAUAUUCUUGACAAUUGGAUGUUCGGUAGUGUUAACUCCCGUAUUAAGUCAUAUACCUAUGCCAGUAUUAUUUGGUGUAUUUCUAUAUAUGGGUGCGGCAUCACUAAAAGGUCUUCAAUUCUUCGAUAGAAUCCUGAUAAUGUUCAUGCCUCAAAAGUAUCAGCCAGAUCACAUGUUUUUAAGACAGGUGCCGAUCCGUCGCGUUCAUAUUUUUACAGCAAUUCAAUUAACAUGCUUAGUCUGUUUAUGGGUAAUAAAAUCAUUCUCCUUGACAUCCAUACUCUUCCCAUUGAUGUUGGUAGUAAUGAUUGGGAUCAGGAAAUCUUUGGAUUGCUUUUUCACUAGACGGGAAUUGAAAAUACUGGAUGAUGUAAUGCCAGAAAUAACAAAGCGGAACCAGGAUGAGUUACGGGAACUGGGAGACGUUGAGGAUCCCUCAAAGACUAAUCCGCCGCCGUAUGAGGAAAAUCUACAAAUCCCAUUAAUAAAUGGAAACAUAAUGAACAUCCCGCUAGCAUCAAUUAACAUAUCCGAAGAAGUAAACAAAACAGGGAUAUGGAAACAAGUAAACAAUAGUAAUAAGAGCAAAAACAAAAGUGACCUGAAAGAUCACAAGCCUAAAGUGUUGAAGAAAACUAACAAGCACAAAAAAAUGACAAAAACCACACUGUCGGAAAUUGAGAGAAGACUGUCCACAAUGGAUGAAUUGGAAGAGGAUGAGUCCGUGAAGAGUGAAGUACUCAGGCGCAAGGAAUCUUGGAGUGGAGGUUUAAAAAAAAGUGAUUCUAGAAAAAAUAGCUCAUCAGCUGAAACUUCGGUCUAAAAUAUAUAAUUUAUUAGUUAAUUUGGGUAGCUUAUUAGAUUAAGUUAAUUAUAAUAAGUUAUCUGUUGUUUUUACUGUUACUGUGUAAU